AUGGACAAGAGGCUCGCCGAGCACGACGUGGACAUGGAGCAGCUGGAGAGGGCGCUACUGGUGAGCUUAUGGUGCAUCCAGGAGCAGCCCUCGCAGAGACCGUCGAUGGGGAAGGUUGUGCAGAUGCUGGAAGGGGUUUCGGCCAUAGACAGGCCUCCGGCUCCGAAGGCCGCAGAUGGUGGCUUGGCGGUUGUCACCAGCAUCACUAUCUUCGCUACGUCAUCUCCGGCUCAACCUUCGAUGGGCUCAUCGCAUUCGAUUGCAGGCACAUCAUUGGUUUCCAAGAGGAACUUGGACAAACCAACCUCAUCCAUGGUCGUCGCAGACCAAUCUUCCUCGUAG